AUGGCCCAGGGACAUCAUUCCUCUCACCACCGUCGCUCGCCCUCGGGCUCGAAUGCUGCCAAGGUGAAACCCGCUCGCCCCGCUCUCCAUCGGAAAGGCACAUCCUUUGUGAACCACUCCAUUUCCAAGUUGGGCGCCGCUCCCGUCAAGCAAACAACCGUCGACCACUCCGACGACGACGAGUUCGAGAUGGCCGCCAGUUUUUUGAACUUUUGCGCCAUGUGUGAGAGGCAGAUAACCGUUCCGGAUAAUUCUCUACUAUAUUGCAGUGAAAGUUGCCGCCGCAAAGAUUCCCACAAACCUCUCUCCGCCUCCAUCUCCUCCAGUUCCUCCAUGUCUGCUCCGUCCUCCCCUCCUGCUUCUCCCCCAAUGUCACCCCGGACUAUCGUCCCCCCAAUGGUUCCCACCAAGGCUCCCGUUCACACGCCAGCGCGGUUAUCGAGCGAGAUGUACGAGGUCAAGGUAGAUCAGGACCCGUCCGAGUGGAAGCCGGUAAUACCGAUGCCGGGCUCGUCAGCCAGCUCCGAGGCCUGGACCUAUCUGUCCCAGUUCCACGGCACGCAGGCCCCGAUCCCCAUGCGCCGCAAGGCCGACCACCGCAGUUCCGGCAGUCUGUCGACCCUCAGUGCCACCGGCGCUCCUCCCUCCCUGAUCCACACGCCGUCCUCCGUGGCGUCCUCCCUCAGCAGCAGUGCAUCGGACUACAUGAGCCACCGCCCGUUGCCCCCGCGGCACAAGUUCUCCAGCAGCACGAGUGGCACGAAGGGCGUGGAGCUCGUCGUACCUCUCGUGGAUGAACCUCGGGGUCUCUCCACAGAUGUAAACGGAGGAUCGAUCUUCCCGGCCAACAGUGCCGUCUGGAAAGAAACGUCCAGCGCUUCUGUUACGAUCGUGGGCAAGGCAAGCCUUCCGCAGUAG